ACUGCGCCACCACGUCACCACAGGUAUUUCAAAAUAAUGUUACCAUAAAAUUUCUCUGUGAAUUUAGGUUUUGAGUUUUUUUACUGCAAAUGUCACAUCCAUAAUGCUAGAAUUGCUCAAUAACAACCGUCGUUGACAGAUAAUGUAUGAAUACAGGAAGAAACGACUUCUUUUUCUCUGACUGUAAAACGCUUAUCGUGCACUAGUUUUAACACAGUGACAGUUACAACGAAAAUAAAAUUAAAUGUAUGUAAGUAUAACUAAAUCACAUAAUUAAAGCACAGACUUGCACAGUCACAUUUACCAAAAAUCCACAGCAAACAUUCUGUGGUGUAGCAGAGCACAUGUUCCAGCGUAAAAUCCCCCUUCCACUAGUUAUGUCAUGAUGCAUCAUCUUCACAACUGUGCAGCCUUUUUUGCCUGAAAUAUUAAACAGCAGAGCACGCCCACUUGGGAAAACCAGGUGUGUCUCAGGAAAAAUCCCCGCCCACUUGACCGUAUAUGGGCACAAUACGGGAAGUUGAUUGACAGCGGGCAGCAGCUGCUGAGAUACCGAGACAUGGCGGAGCGUACAGUUUGAGUAGGUUCGCAAGAAGAGUUGUGCUACUUUCCCUCUCACUUGUGUCCUCACCGCGCAAAAUAAAUGGCCAAGAAGAAACUAUAAACGCAGACGAACAUGCUCUCCUCGGAAGCGCAGGGGGAAAAUGGACGAAGUUGCUUCGCGUAAGUGAACCGGAGAAAUGUCUCGCUGUUUAGUGCAGUCAACAGCCUCGGGCAACAAACAUGGCUUCUGUGCCUUUCUGCUGUUUGUAAUAAAAACCCGCUUCGUUGAGCCAUCGAGUCUCAUGGCGCCGUGGCUCAAAUCCUACAAGUGAGCGGAUAGAGUGAAGUUCCUGCUGCGUUCAUCGGGAUUGUGUGGCGGAAUUGGCGAUAGCACUGAGCUAGCUAGUUAGCUAAGGAACUGUAGGAACUGCAAUGGAGCCCAAGCACAAAGAGUUACUCCACCAGUGCCACCAGAACUUGCUGGAGUCCAUCACGGAUGCUGACCGGCUGAUUGAGCUGCUGAGUAAAUCGGGAAGCCUCAGCGAGCAGGAAGCGUUCGAGCUGGACCAGAACUGCUCCUCCAGCGCAGAGAAAGUGGAGCAGCUCCUGAAGAUGCUCAUGAACAAGCAGAGCGACCAUUUCCUGGAGCUCUGUGUGGCCCUGGAGAAGACAUACCCUCACCUGUACUCUGCCCUUUUCUCCAACGGUGGAGGACCAGCCGAUCAUCACUCUGGGUCCACAUACAGUGUCCUGUCCACAAUGCCAUCAGACUCGGAGAGCAGCAGCUCCCUAAGCAGUGUUGGUACCAAAGCUUCAUCACCUCCACCUGCGCUCAGUGACACCCGGCCGGCCAGUGACAGUCUGGACACCAUCCUCUUCCAGCUGAAGCAGGUCACCAGGGAAAGGGACGAACUUCGCAAGCGCUUGGCUCUCGCCUCUCCUGGCACCACCUUUGAUGACUGCCGGCCAAAUUCCAAACCUGGUCAUGACUACGAGCGUCUGAAAACGCAGUGCACGAAGGCUAUGGCGGACCUGCAGUCUUUGCAGAACCAGCACACCAAAACUCUGAAGAGGUGCGAGGAAGCCGUGAAAGAAGCAGACUAUUACCACAUACAGCACAGCCGGCUCCUAAGUGAACAGACACAGUUAAAAGAGGAGAUGGAGGUUUUGAAAAGAGAGAACACCAAGCUGACUCGAGAACAUAACCAUCUGAAACAGAGCUGUGAGGAGCUGAGGAGGCUUCAUUCUGAGGAUCAGAGGGAGGUGGCUGACAUGAGACUACAGCAACAACAGGUAAUCAGGGAAAACGGUUCAUCUGAGGUUUUGAACAAGCUCUAUGACACAGCGAUGGACAAGCUGGAGGGGGUGAAGAAGGAAUAUGACGUCUUGAGCAAACGGUACAGCGAGAAGGUGUCCAGUCACAAUACAGAUCUGAGUCGACUGGAGCAGGUGGAGGAGGAGAACAGACGCUUGCAAAAACAAAUCGACGCUCUGCUCAAACAGCGCGAUACGGCCAUCCAGUACCAACAGCAGUGGUCUACAUCUAUGAGGCGGUUUGACUCUGUGCAGCAGGAGCUAAAUAAGGCCUCGGCACAGAACAAGGAGCUGCAGAGAGAGAUGGAGAGACUCCAGUCGGAGGUGACGCGCUACAAGAACUUCCAGCUGAAGGCGGUGAAGGACGGUGAGAAGUACAAGGAGGAGCGGGAUUCUGUGUUUAACGAAUACCGGCUAAUCAUGAGCGAAAGAGACCAGGUCAUUAAAGAGGUGGACAAGCUGCAGACGGAGUUGGAGGCUGCAGAGGCCCGGCUGAAAAACACCUCUUCUGAGAGGAUGGUGGCCAGCGAAGAGCUUGAAGCUCUCAGACAGGAGCUAAAUUCAUCGCUGGUGGAUAGAGACCGUGCCAUCUGUGAGAGAAACGAGCUGUUGGAAAAAUACUGCCACGAAGUGAAGGACAAAGCAGAGGCCCAGAAAGAGCUGAGUCAGGCCUGUAAAGACAUCGAGACCGUGCGGGAGGAAAGAGACGUUGCCAGGAAAGAGCGAACCGAAGCCAUCAUCCAGAGAGACCAGUUAUUGCGUGAAUACUACCAGGCCCGACAGAAACAAGACUCUGCCACAUUGGACAUGGAGCGUGCUAAUAAAGAGAUUGACAUAUUGAGGAAGCAGUGUGAAGCCAUGUCUCAGGAGCUGAAGGAGGCAGUGCAGGAGGCUGAGGUGGCUAAGUGUCGCAGAGAUUGGGCCUUUCAAGAGAGAGACAAGAUUGUUGCAGAGAGAGAGAGCAUACGGACGUUGUGUGAUAACCUGCGUAGAGAGCGAGACCGAGCCGUCAGUGAUCUGGCCGAUGCCCUACGCAACCUUGAUGAUAUGAGGAAACAGCGCAAUGAUGCGGCCAGGGAACUUAAAGAGCUCAAGGAGAAGAUGGAGAGCCAGUUGGACAAGGAGGCGCGUUUCUGCCAGCUGAUGGCUCACAGCUCCCAUGAUUCAGCCAUAGACACUGAUUCAUUAGAGUGGGAGACUGAAGUGGUGGAGUUUGAGAAGGAUCGGGACGACAUGGAUUUGAAGGCAAUGGGGUUUGAUAUCGCAGAGGGGGUGAAUGAUCCAUAUUUACCAGGAGACUGUGGGAUAUUUGUUUCUCGGGUGGACAAAGGAAGUAUCGCGGAUGGAAGAUUGAGGGUGAAUGAUUGGCUGCUGAAGAUAAAUGAUGUGGACCUGACGAACAAAGACAGGAAGCAGGUCAUCAAAGCUGUACUUAAUGGAGGAGGCCUGAUCAAUAUGGUCGUUCGCAGGAGGAAAUCUUUAGGAGGAAGGCUGGUUACUUCUGUUCACAUUAAUCUCAUCGGACACAAAGACGCUGGUAUAGCUCUUGAAGGUGGUGUAUUCGUGGCUGGCAUCGCACCGGGCAGUCCAGCUGCCAGAGAAGGAUCUCUUACCAUCGGAGACCGCCUGAUUGCCAUAAAUGGGAUCGCUCUGGAUAACAAAUCUCUGAGUGAAUGUGAGGCUCUGCUGAGGGGUGGCAGGGACUCGCUCGCUCUCUCUCUCAUGAAGUUCUUUCCCCAGAGCACAUCAGGACAGAACAUCUUCGAGAGCCUGAGGGAGGCAGAGAAAUCCAAUGGCAGAAUCCACCUGACAGAUGUGCACUCACGAAACAGCAGAAACCUCAAACACAACAGCUCCACCCAGACAGACAUUUACAGCUGUGACACGGCCGGAGAGAGACGAAAAACCAGAUCUGAUGCAGAGGAGAGCCUUUUUUCUGAAAGGAAGGUCUUCCCCAUAUCCACCUUGCACCCAAACACACUGCGACCUGCUUCAGAACUGGGACCAGUCCGUUACAGCGCCAGCGCCUUUCAGGAGGUCUGCUACACUCGCUCAGAGUCCGUCGGCCCUGAAUGUGUAACGUUGGAGACCACCUUAGAGAAGAAACAUAGUGGCGGCACUUGGCCCAAAAUGGUGGUUGGUGUCGCGAUGACCACGGACAGCCCAGCGCAGCUUUCCAUCUACAGGUCACCCAAACAAAGAAAGUCCAUCUUUGAUGCCGAUACCUUCAAACGACCUGAUACCCCCUCAAAAGCUGAUUACCAUGGCCCUCAGCCUUUAAAAGCAGACUCCGCCCCCACACCCCCAACCCCGCCUACUCGCAGCGACUCCUUUAAAUUCAAGCACAAACAUCAGGGAAGCUCCACCUCCGAGUCCACCAUUAGUGCCAUGUCCAUCUCUGAACCUAAGCAGGAAGAUCGUAAUGGGAACUUGUACUUCAGUGAGGGUAAAGUCUUGAGCUCCAGGAAGUCCUGUGAGGAGGACAUCGGUCGGAUGUGGGCGGAGGAGCCCGAAGUGAAGCGUCCCAGGCCCAAAUCGGCCCCGGCCCUCAGACGCAGGAUGACUCCUCAAAACAUUCCUCUCCAGAGCUUCCAGAGUUACUCUAAUGACGGUGACUCCGUGGAGCAGAGGGAGAUGCUGCGCUCCUCUCCUAACCGACCUCACAGACACAGCGUGGGUUUCGUGCCUACGUCCUAUAAUGGAACCCUUCCUCCCAACUCAGCACAUCGAGGACUGGCCCCCUGCUCUGCAGUAACAGCCGUCAUGAAGAACCCUGUUUACAUGGUGCGCAGUCACAGAGUUCACACUAACAACUGCCCUACUGUCGUCAGCCAGAUCAAUCAGCAGCACACGCACCCCAGUCCUCAGCAUCAAGGACAACUGAGUCUGGACCUAAGCCAGAAACGCUCCACGGACUAUUCUGAGUCGUCCCGUAGCAGCCGGGCCUCACACGGCACCAACUCCCUGCCGUCCAGUGCAAGACUCGGUUCAUCAAACAACUUGCAGUAUCGCACUGAAAGGAUUAAGAUUCCCUCCACACCGCGAUAUCCUCGCUCUAUUCUGGGGUCAGACAGAGGGUCCCUGUCUCAUUCAGAAUGCAGCAGUCCCAGUCUCAUUACUCCCCCUCUUUCUCCUCUCAAUCUGGAGACGUCUUCGUUUGCCUCCAGCCAGUCUCAGGGCUCCAUCUCCACCCUGCCCAGGAUCUCCGUCAGCCCCGUACCCACAGAAGAGCGCAGAAAAGACAGGCCGUACUUGGAGGAGCCACGGAAUGUUAUGGUGCACAAAGGGGCGGAGCCUCUCGGCAUCUCCAUUGUGAGUGGAGAGAACGGAGGAAUCUUUGUCUCCAAGGUGACAGGAGGCAGUAUCGCGCACCAGGCUGGGUUGGAGUAUGGGGACCAGCUAUUGGAGUAUAAUGGAAUAAACCUGCGCAAUGCCACUGAACAGCAAGCACGACUCAUCAUUGGCCAGCAGUGUGACACCAUCACGAUCAUGGCCCAAUACAACCCACACAUGUAUCAGCUCGGCAACCACUCGCGCUCCAGUUCCCGCCUGGAGCCAGUGAGCACUCAAUCCACGCCACAGGGCAGUGGAACUGCAACCCCAGAUAACCACUCUACCAUAGACACCCUGAGUGAACAGGAUGAAGGCACACUCACCCCAUCCUCCAAACAGACCACACCCACAACCAGUCCCAACAGCUUCAUCAGAAUGCCGUCUGAAAGUUCCAAGAAAGUACCAGAGGCGCGUUUGGUGACAGUGAGGAAGACUCAGGUGGAGCUGGGCAUUCAGCUGUGUGGAGGAAACCUGCGGGGAAUCUUCGUGGAGAGGCUGGAAGAUGACAGUCCUGCCAGAGGAGCGGAUGCUGUUGUACCCGGGGACAUGAUACUUGAGUAUGGCUCAGUUAAUAUGAAGAAUAAGACUGUGGAGGAGGCAUAUCUGGAAAUGCUGAAGCCUGCAGAAACAGUGACGUUAAGAGUCCAGCAUCGUCUGGAUGAGUUCAACCAGGUGAAAGGCACUCCUGGAGAUGGAUUCUAUAUCAGAGCACUUUAUGACCGAGUAGCUGAGACUGAGCUCGACCUCUCUUUUAAGAAAGACGACAUCCUCUAUGUGGACGACACACUACCAAAUGGCAACUUCGGCACCUGGAUGGCCUGGCAACUUGACGAAAAUGCACAAAAAAUUCAAAGAGGCCAGAUUCCUAGCAAAUUUAUGAUGGAUCAGGAGUUUUACCGUAGACACAGUAUGACUGAACUGAAGGACGAAACGGGCUCCAGUAAAACCCUCUCGGCUGCUGCACGCAGAUCCUUCUUCCGCAGGAAACACAAGCACAAACGCAGCAGCUCCAAAGACGGGAAAGACGUAGUGGCUUUGGACGCCAUCAGCACAGACUCAAUUCCUUUCUUAGACGACUGUGUGAGUCUGGCUUAUCAGAGAGUGCAGAAGAUUGACUGCACAUCUCCCAGACCUGUGCUGAUCCUCGGCCCGCUUGUGGAUCCUGUUAAAGACAUGCUGGUCAAAGAUUCUCCAGGGAAAUUCAGCAGAUGUGUUCUUGAGGUGAUGAAGGCUUCUCAGCAGGCCAUUGAGCGUGGGGUCAAAGACUUUCUCUUCAUCGACUACAAACGAAGGAGUGGCCAUUUUGAUGUGACGACUGUUGCCUCAAUCAAUGAAAUCACGGACAAGGACUGUCACUGUUUGCUUGACAUUGCACCUCAUGCUAUUGAAAGGCUUCACAGCGUUCACAUUUACCCAAUCGUCAUUUUCAUACGCUACAAAAACGCAAAGCAGAUAAAAGAGCAGAAGGACCCGAUUUAUCUGCGGGAUAAAGUCUCUCAAAAACAUUCCAAGGAGCAGUUUGAGAUUGCACAGAAGAUUGAGCAAGACUACAGCAAGUUCUUCACAGGUAUCGUUCAGGGAGGCACCUUCCCUUACAUUUGCACUCAGAUCGUGACUAUUGUGGAUCAGGAACAGAGCAAAGUCUUGUGGACUCCACUGGGCUCUCCAUAGGGCUCUGACACUUACAAACACUACACUUUAUACACUACAACACACGCAAAGGUACACUAACGUUACGAGCGUUGCAUUAAGAUAGUGAUUCUUUUGUUUUGUCAAUAUUCAUUUUUAUUACGUUAUUAAUUGUAACUCUUAUUUGUAAAUGUAUGUAUGAGUGUCUUAAGUAUGUGUGUGUGUGUGUGUGUGUGACAGAGGACGAUAGCACUGAAGUAUUUGUUCAUUUCCUUUUGGUCUUCCUGACGGGACAUGUUAAAGUUUUAGCAAUGCUGCAUUUAAGACACUCGUUUACAGAGCAAUCAGUCGGUGAAUUGUUUAACGUCUGCCUGAAUGUGAAGUUUCCCCUUGUACCCAAAACGGUAUGCGUGACACCCUUUCCACCCUGUCCCACAUAUCAGCUCAAGGACUGAAUCCUCCUCGUCUUGUGGUUUUUAUGGUGGCCAAGUUAGUUGUGUAGAUGUCAAGUGAGCGUUGCUUCGAAUCGUAGUGCUUCACUAUUGAGCUGAGACUGACAGCAGCUUAAGCGGUUUCUACGGGCCAAAUGGAAGUGCCUUUGGAGAUCCACUGAGCGUAUGACAAUGGCAUGAGGUGAAAGCCUGGUAUUUAAACAGUAAAACUUCUCCGAUUGCACUCCAGGGCUAGACAGACCACUGUGUUCUCAUAGCAGAGCUUAUAUUUAAAGAGAAUAUCCCACGUAACACUUGUACCCGCCGAAGUACGGGCGCACACGUAUGUGUAUGUAUGCAAUUUCAUCAGAAUAUAUAGAAAUAUAUUUACUGUAUUUUUACUGGGCUGUAGGCCUGGGGAGCGUGACAGAGUGGUCACGUCUUAGCAAAUAUUAGCAUGUUUGUGUGUGUGUUUGUAUGAGAGAGAUUGUGCGAAUGCACGUUUUUGUGUGUGUGUGUGUGUAUGUUUGUCAGUCACUUUUAUAUGUACUACACGCUAAAAGAGAAAACAAAAAAAUCCUAGAAAGAAAAGUUGCAGGGUAAACCUGAAAUGGUUUUCUUAAAACUGUUUAAAUGUUAGUGUUUUUUCAUUGCUAUUUAAUUGUUUUUAUUAUUAUUAUUUGUAUUAUUAUUAUUACUAUUCAAGAGUCAUGAUAUGUCUCAUGCAGACCAGUAGCUCCAUUAUGUGCCAAAAACAAGUUUAUUUCUUUACAUUUUUUCCUGUUUUGCACUUCCAAUGUUCUGAACCCUAAACAAAUGACUGUUCACAGGUUUCCAGUAGAAUGGAAAUAGGUACUAUUAUUUUUAUCGUAAGCUAUUAUUCAUGUGUAUCACUCCUGUUCCGUACAUUUCAUCGACUGCCUUUUUAAUGAAAAAAGAGAAGAGAAAUACUGCAUAAAAAGGGAUUUCUUAUUGCACAUAUACUUUCACGCCAAGACAUCAGUCCAUUGGGUUGAAAUUAGGAAAUUUGUCAAAGUGAAUCUAACGUCUAACUAUUGUUCUGAAUAGCUAGCGUACGGUUUGAAGCGAGGGAUCGAGUGUUUAGAACAACUUAGAGCGCAGGUACCAUUUCCGUUGGGAUUUCUUGUAUUCCAAAAGAAUGUGGUUUGUAUGAAAAUGUCAUAAAAUGCGUGAAUAAAAGUCAUUUUCUGUAUCUCACAAUGUCAUUAAAUGGAUCAAGAUGG